AUGUCAAAUCUUUGGCACCAACUUCGCGUAUGUCUUAUUAAUGAAGAAGAUGCUCGUGCCUACAACACGUGCCUUGGCCGACUAGGCAUACGAGCACAAGAUGACAAUGAUAAAGAUUUGAAGUAUUGGUGGCUCAGCUUUUGGACAACUGUUGGCAUGAAAUUACCACAAGUAGCUGUCGAUCAUGUCGAACAAUUUCUUGCUACUACAAUUGACCAGAAGGACAUGAAUUUUCUUGUAAUAUUACCAGUAAAGCAAAUUAUUCGGCAAGCAGUGAUUGCUGCUAGUGACGCUAUUUCCGAUGAACUUCAAAUUGAAAUGAAGCGUCUUCUGCCUGUGUUUCUUUCUUACCAAUGGGGUACUCAAGUAGCUGUGACUAUACUCAAAGGCCAUCUCGAGGAAGCGGGCUAUGCUUGUUGGAUGGAUACGAGACAGAUGGGCGGUGGCGAUAAACGUUUCGCUAAAAUCGAUGCCGGCAUUCGCGGAGCCAAAGUCGUUUUAUGUUGUACGACAGAAGUUUAUGCUCAAUCUGACAAUUGUUCCCGUGAAGUUCAUCUGUGUGUGAGCACAGGUAAACCACUAAUUCCACUUUAG